AAAGGAGACAAUGGGGGUUCAUGUGAACGCGCGGUGCUGGAGAAGGUACGUCUCGGUGGUUAUUUUAUUCUCUGCCAUGAUUCACACGUCGUGUACUGUAACUCACUAUUCUAUCCCUGAAGAGAUGGAGGAAGGAUCCGUGGUUGCAAAUUUAGCCACCGAUUUAGGACUAGAUUUAGAUACUUUGAUUAAACGGAAGGUUCGACUAGAUGUUAUUGCUAAUAAGAAAUAUCUCGACAUAAACAAAGAGAAAGGAGAGCUCUACAUAUUAGAAAAGAUUGAUCGUGAGCAUCUCUGUCCUGCAAAAACGACUUGUUUUUUAAAAAUGGAAGUGAUUGUGGAGAAUCCUGUGCGCAUAUUUUACAUAGAAUUAGAAAUAACUGAUAUCAAUGACAAUAACCCUCAUUUCCGACGCGACACUAUUCAUUUGGACAUUUUGGAAUCGACACCAGCAGGUGAAAGAUUCUCUGUCAGCAAUGCGGUGGAUUCUGAUGUUGGAUCCAAUUCGGUUAAAACAUAUUAUCUAAGUGAAAGCGAUCACUUUGGAAUAGAGAUACAGUCUGGCAGAGAUGGGUCGAAAUUUGCUGAUUUAAUUUUGAAAAAAACUUUAGACCGUGAAAUUCAAGCUAUCCAUAAUCUGAUACUUACUGCUGUGGAUGGCGGAGUUCCUGCGCGCUCUGGUACAGCCAGCAUUGUUGUUCGGGUGCAGGAUGCAAAUGACAACGCACCCAAGUUUGAUCGGGAAAGCUAUACCAUCAGUGUCACAGAGAACUCCCCUAUAGGAAGUCUCGUGGUUAAACUAAAUGCCACUGACUUAGAUGAAGGCUCGAACUCAGAUAUUACAUACUCUUUCGGCCUAUAUACGUCAGAAAAGGCACAAGAGGCUUUUGGAUUAAGCCCAGACACCGGUGAGAUAAGAGUUAAAGAAAUGAUCAAUUAUGAGGAUUUCCGAAUUUAUAACAUGGAAAUUAUAGCAAAGGAUAAAGGUACUAAUUCAUUAUCGGGACAGUGUAAAGUAACCAUUAUGAUAACAGACAUGAAUGACAAUCAUCCAGAAAUUUCAGUACGAUCUUUUUCAACUCCUGUUAAAGAGGACAUUGCUGUUGAUACAGUCAUAGCUGUGAUUAGUGUCAGUGAUAAAGAUUCGGGUGAAAAUAGCCAAAUUGAUCUUCAUAUUCCUGACAAUUUACCGUUUGUACUAAAAGAAUCAUCUGAGAAUUAUUACGAGCUCGUGGUAUCCGAACCACUGGACCGUGAAAAAGUACCAGAAUAUGACAUCACAUUUACCGUUACUGACAGAGGAAACCCUCCGUUAUCCGAUAAUGAAACUGUAACUCUAGAGUUGCUGGACGUUAACGACAAUGUGCCACAGUUUCCACAAUCAUUUUAUACGAUACAGGUUAUGGAAAAUAAUCCACCUGGAGCUUUACUAAGUUCCCUCACUGCACACGACCCAGACCUCCAUGAAAAUCAGUAUCUGGUUUAUUUUAUAAUAGAAAGGGAAAUAGUAAACACCUCCAUGUCCAUGCUGUUCUCCAUUAAUCCAGAGAAUGGUAACCUUUACGCACUAAAGACGUUUGAUUAUGAGAUAGAGAAGGAGUUUCUUUUCCAUAUUGAGGCCAGAGACUCUGGUGUUCCUCCACUCAGCAGUAACGUUACCGUCCACAUUAUUAUCAUGGACCAGAACGACAACACACCGGUUAUAGUGUCUCCAUGGCGCGCGCACGGCUCAGUGGUAGAAGAAAAAAUACCGAGAUCCACUGAUAAAGGAACUCUUAUAGCCAAAGUAAUUGCUAUAGACACAGACUCUGUGCACAACUCCAGGAUAACUUACCAGUUUCUCCAGAACACUGAUGCUACAUUAUUCAGUUUGGACCAGUACAAUGGAGAGAUCCGGACCACCAGAAUGUUCAGUUACAGAGACUCGCGCCACCAGCGGCUGGUGGUGAUCGCCAAGGAUAACGGAGAGCCCUCUCUCUCUGCUACAGUCACCAUCAAACUGUCCACGGUGGAGACGGCACUUAAAAGCUAUGCUGAAAUGACUGAAGUGCCUUUAGAAUAUGACAUCUUUUCAGAUUUAAAUCUGUAUCUGGUAAUCGGACUGGGCUCAGUGUCGUUUCUGUUACUGAUCACCAUAUUGGUCACCAUCGUACUGAAGUGUCAGAAACCGAAACCCAGUAAAGCUGCUCCUCCCUGUAGGAACAGUGUGAUCAGUGAGAGGAACUCUACCAUUGCAGAUUCCACUCUGGUCUCCAACGAUGCCUACUGGUACAGUUUGUUUCUAGCAGAAACCAGAAAAGGAAAGCUUGUAGUUAGACAACCUGUGCCAAAGGGACAGAGAUACAUUGUGUCCAGUAUACCAAGGAGCACAGGAAUGACUGAGACUAGUGAUUCAGCUGCAUCUACUCUACAGGUAAGGUAGCAAAUAUUGGCAUACACCCACAUGCAUUUCACAAUACAUUAAACAGUAUUGCAUUUUUUUUUACACUAGGCAAGCCAAGGUCACGCUAUUUUU